AUGGCGAGUCUUCAAGCUGUUAAAAGUCGACAACAAACCAACGCCCAACACACUACCGUAGGUAAUGUCAAUAGUCCUACAAGUAAUGCUAAUCAUCAUGGCAGCCGUAGUAAAAGCUAUCAAGAAAAUGGACAUCACCCCCAUGGUGAUACGACACCGAUAGUUAAUCAUCGUCAUGAUGGAAAUUCGCGUCAGAAAAGGAUAGAAAAUAGACGUCAACAAGAAUCACCAGACCGGGAAAAUAAUACUCCAUCUAAUUCUAAUUCAACAAAGCGACAAAAAUCAUCUUCUCAUCAUGAAAUUAUCAAUCUUAAUCGUCGCUCUACCAAAGAUUCCCUACCCAAUCAUACAACAAAUCAUGGACGUCCAUCGGAUUCACAUCAUGAGAAUAAUGACUUAAUAACGGUUAAUAACGGUAGCGAUAUCGUCAAUUUAAUUCAUCAAUUGGUAAUUUUACGCAAGAAAUUUGCAAAAUUACAAGACGAAUGCAAGGAAAAACUACGUCUUAAUGGAGGAGCAUCUUCUGACGAAGCAACUGCUUCAGAAACGGAAUGUACAACAAUUUUCAAGGAAUUAAAUAGUAUUGAAGAAAUGAUAUCAUCGAUUAAAUCGUUAGUGGUUGAUUAUAAUGCUGAAUAUAACUGGGAAACAUCGGUAACAGACCAAAAUGAGCAAACCAAAUCGCUGGUAGAUGACUUAAUACAUAUGCCAGGACCUCACACGGAAGAUGCGGUAAUCAAAAUGCUUCAUAUGAGGCUGAAAGCAAAAGAAUUACAUUGUCGGAUAGGACCAGUCUUAAUUGCCUUAAACGGCUACUGGAAAAAUGGACGUGAUUUACAUUGGUUAACUUCAGAUUCGCCUGUUAGUAAAGAUUAUCCCUACUUAUUAAAUAUUAUUUAUGAAGCGAGUCGUCGAUUACAAGAAACAAAACGGCCCCAAGUUAUUAUUCUUAGUGGCGAAAGUGGCAGUGGUAAAACAUUUACCUCAAGAUUAAUGACCAAGAUGUUUUUCGAGCACGUUGGUGGAGGUUUAUCCAGCGAAAUGUACAAAAACGUUGCAGCGGCAAUUACCGCCUUAGCUCCGUUAACUACAGCUAAAGUUGAUACAAAUUUGGACUCAAGUCGAGUUGGCUACUUUACUGAAAUUGCAUUUUCGGAAGGACUAAUUGUCAGUGGAAAACUGACCUAUGUUUCGUUGGAUCAGACACGCAUAACUGCAACCUUGAAAGGCGAAGGAAAUUAUCAUAUAUUUUAUCAUUUGCUGUCAGGAUUAUCUCAGGAAGAGAAAGUAAAAUUUUAUUUACAAGGCUAUACAACGCGAAAUUUAGCUUAUUUGUCAUCGAAGGAUUUUGAGGAGUUGAAUCCAAAUAAAUUAGCCUUUAAUAAAUGGAAGGCUGCUUUGUCAUUAUUGGGAAUAAAGUUUACUGAUGUGGUUCAUAUCUUAGCUGCUAUUCUCCUCCUUGGCAACGUCCAAUUUUCUGACCCAGAUGAAAAGGAUCAUAAAUCAUCUGGUAGUAAUGGGUCGUCUACGGAAGUUAAAUCAGCCGCGAGAAAUUUGGGAGUUUCAGGCAUUUCUUUAUUUCGAUGUUUAACUACAAGAACUAAACUUAUACGAGGCCAACCAGUUCGUUCAUUAAAUACGCCAGAAGUUUCAAAAGCAGCCUGUAAUGCAUUGGCUAUGACAUUAUAUGCAAGAAUGUUGUCAGCCAUUAUAAGACGAGUUAAUUUACUGCUACGAGGCCAUGCAACCCAAACCAAAAAUGCUUCUUCAUUAUCAUCGGACAGCGCUGGUUCGUCAGUUAGCUCUACAGAGCCCAAAGAUGCUUCAGAGUCGAAUAAGAACCCGAAUGAACAUUCGCAUUUUAAACGAUUUCCGAGUACAGACCUGAAGAAGCAAUCAAAUCUUCUGAAAGGUUGUACUGGAUCACUAGGAAUUUUGGACAUGUAUGGAUUUGAAAUUACUAACACCAAUAGACUUGAACAACUUUGCAUCAACUUUUGCUCAGAAACAAUUCAACACUUUUAUAAUACUCAUCUUUUUGAAAGCACUGCCGAUGCCUUCAGAAACGAUAUUGGAAUGGAAAUUGACCUCGGCUACGUCAACAAUACGCCCUGCAUUGAAUUAUUAAUAAGCCCAAUUGGCAUCUUGUCCAUUUUGAAUCAGGAAUGCCUCAAUCCUAGAGGGGACACGGAAACAUUCAUAAACAAAAUUAAAGCCGAACAUGACGAUAAUUGCUGGUUUUCCAAGCAAUCGGACUCAGAAUUUGGUAUCAUACAUCACCAUGGUGAUGUUUUAUAUGAUUCCUCUGAUCUUAUAACGUCCAACAGAGAUAUCAUCAGUGAUGAUGUUAUUUCCAUCUUUCGAUCACAAAAUUGUUCAUUUGACUUUUUAACGCAUCUGUUUUCGCAAGACCUAAGAUCAAGUAGAGGAAAUGGAGGCCUUCCAGCAAAUUCACAUAGAAUAACUUCGAGUUCUUCUGAUAGCAAUGAUACUACCGAUUAUCGAAGAACUUUCCUACAAGAUUUCCAGUUGCAGAUUGAUAAUUUAUUAAAAAUGGCAGCUGAAGCUGAUUCUUACUUUAUCAGAUGUAUUAGAACGAAUACCAAUGAAGUUCCUAACGUAUUUGAUCGAGUCACUGUGGCUCGACAAUUGCGUGCUUUGGAAGUACUAGAAACAUUAAAUUUAAUGACAUCAGGUCUGCCAUAUCAAUUGCCACUACUAACGUUCAUUAGCCGCUAUCGAUGCUUCUGUUCCAAUAAUCCCGAUGGAGGUGUUGAAAAUUCGAGACAUUUAUGUGAAGCAAUUUUAAAUAUUUUCCUUGAGAGACUGGAUCAAUCAAAGCUAUCCAGUGAAAAUGUAAACUGGGCCGUUGGCGAUAACUUCGUUUUUCUGAGUGAAGAUGCAAUGCAAUACUUGGAAUACAUGAGAAAUAUCUUACGUGAGCAAGCCACAGUCAUUAUCCAAGCGUUAGUAAGGAUGUACAUUUGCAGAAAAGCAUAUAAGAAGAUGAAAAGUAGCCAAGAGAUGAGAAAUAAAUCUCGGAGAAGUCUUCUUAAUAAUUCGAAAUCGAAGACAAGGCAAUCAUCACUUAGUGACGGAGAUAAUACUCGCCAUCCUGUACCAAAUUCUCCUACUACACCGAAUGGCAAUGUGGUAAUAUGUGAUGAAGAUGUUAUCCAGAAAACUUGUGAAUUAUAUGGUUUCAACGCGGCUACACCACCGAGUAUACCUCAAUCUAGGCCUUAUGCUGUUAUUGGCAACUCUAGAAUAGAGUUUCCUCAAACAAGAAUAAUGAGACAGCCUUUCCGACAUGACGAUUUACCUUGGAAAGUAAUUCGUGUUGGAGAAACAGUAACAGCGAUUGCUGCUUCGCCUAAAGCUGGUUGUUUUCUUGGCGAAUAUCGUGGAUAUAGAUUGCAUAUUCCACGUCGAUUGACUGAAAUUAUCAUUAUUUGUUUAUCUCUUGUGGGUGAUUAA